GCCAGCCCACCUCGGGCAGGAAGCGCUACCCCCAGCCCCGCCGCGCCUCGGCGGCCCGCUCGCGGCUCUCUUCCCAUUUCUGCCCUGGAGGAGUCAGGGCGGACUGUGAGGGACAAUGAGUUGGAACUGACAGAGGAGCUGCUCUACAGUGAAGCGGCGCCAUCUUGCAGUACGGACGAAAAGCUGUGGCGGGCGCCAUUUUGCACAUGGCCGAGAGGUGCCUUCAUAAAAUGCCCGUCGAGAAUCCCCUCUUUUUUUGCCCCGCUCCCAAGAUGGCGUCGAUGCGGGAGAGCGACACCGGCCUGUGGCUGCACAACAAACUGGGCUCCACGGACGAGCUGUGGGCGCCGCCGAGCAUCGCCUCGCUGCUCACGGCCUCGGUCAUCGACAACAUCCGACUCUGUUUCCACGGCCUUUCCUCGGCCGUCAAGCUCAAGCUGCUCCUGGGGAUGCUGCACCUGCCCCGCCGGGCGGUGGAUGAGAUGAAAGGGGCACUGACUGAAAUUAUCCAGCUCGCUACCUUGGAUUCAGACCCCUGGGUCUUAAUGGUAGCUGAUAUUUUAAAAUCCUUUCCAGAUACUGGCUCCCUUAACCUUGAUCUUGAAGAACAGAAUCCCAAUGUUCAAGAUAUUUUAGGAGAACUUAGAGAGAAAGUAAGUGAAUGUGAAACUUCAGCUAUGUUGCCGUUGGAAUGCCAAUACUUAAACAAAAAUGCCUUGACAACACUAGCUGGGCCCCUUACUCCCCCAGUGAAACAUUUCCAGCUGAAAAGGAAACCUAAAAGUGCCACUCUCAGAGCUGAACUCUUGCAGAAGUCAACAGAAACUGCGCAGCAGCUCAAGAAGACUGCAGGAGUGCCUUUCCAUGCCAAAGGCAGGGGACUGGUUAAGAAGAUAGAUACAACAACACCACUCAAAGGAAUACCAAAACAAGCUCCAUUCAGGAGUACUUCAGCUCCCAGUGUUUUUAGUCCUUCUGGAAACAGAACUCCUAUUCCUCCUUCAAGGACACCUUUGCGCAAAGAAAGAGGAGUGAAGCUUCUAGAUAUCUCUGAGCUGGAUAUGGUAGGUGCUGGUCGUGAAGCAAAGAGAAGAAGAAAGACAUUAGAUACAGAAGUUGUGGAAAAGCAAGCCAAAGAAGAAACAGUAGUAGAAAAUGCUACCCCAGAUUAUGCUGCUGGCCUUGUAUCUACACAGAAACUUGGUUCGUUGAACAAUGAGCCUGCACUACCUUCUACGAGUUAUUUACCUGCUACCCCCAGUGUGGUGCCGUCUUCCUCCUAUAUCCCAAGCUCUGAAACACAGCCAGCUGGCUCUGCACGAGAGGCCUUGCAGACCAACAGACAGACUGAAGAGCCUGCAGCUCCAAAUGCUACUACAACUCUUCCUGCGCAGUUCAAACAAAGAACCCCCAUGUACAACAGCAACUCUAAUCCCCCUGCAGCUACACCUACCUCACCCCUAACACCCACCACACCUCCUGCCAUCUCCCCGGCGGCACAGGCACCACAAGUGGCCCCCCAAACUCAGCAACAGCCACCACCGAAGAAAAGCCUCUCUCUCACAAGAGAGCAAAUGUAUGCUGCACAGGAAAUGUUCAAGACUGCAAACAAAGUUACAAGGCCAGAAAAGGCUCUUAUACUUGGAUUCAUGGCAGGAUCCAGAGAGAAUCCUUGCCAAGAACAAGGUGACAUCAUCCAAAUUAAACUUAGUGAACAUACAGAAGAUUUACCAAAGGCAGAUGGCACGGGCAGCACCACUAUGUUGGUUGACACAGUCUUUGAAAUGAACUAUGCUACUGGUGAAUGGACCAGAUUCAAGAAGUACAAACCUAUAACUAAUGUUUCCUAAGAGAUGCAGCAGCAGCAGACUGGACCAAAUCAAGUUUAGAGUCAGCCAGCGCAUAGAGUAUGUCAUCUGUACAAAAUGGCAUUCAGGUGUACAUUUCUUAUUACCCUCCAGAGCAGAAGCUGUGCUCUUCAACCAAACUGAGCUCAGUGAACACAGAUGUGUUUGAUGGUGUCAAACUCACUUAAUUUCUUUUUUUAUUAAUCUUGGGAGAGGGAAAGAUGAUCUUGGGGGAGGGGGGGACAUUGUUGGUGUGUUUUUGUUCAGGAUGCUGAAAAAGGAGAUCACAGCUGAAAGGUUACAGAUGGGAGCAGCUUACUGCUAAGUACCAGAAGAGAAGACUACUGCGCAGUCACUCACGGUUUACUGUUAACUGAGGGCACAGAUCUUUAUUAUAAAAACAUUUUCCUUGGCAACAUGAGUUCUGUCAUAAGAAUGGAUGUAUGAAGCACUACAGGUUGGUACUUGAUAAUUUUGUAUUUCAGCUGCAGUAUAACUAUUGCAGAUGGUAGAUGUCAGUGUCUAAAGGUACCCACUGUAUGUUUAGCUUAUUUAUGCUUGGGUCAUAGGAUGAGAUUGAGCAGCUUUGUUUUAGCAGUGGGAACAAAAUGACCUGGACCCCCUUAUGCAUCUGAAGGAGAUCGCUUUAUUGUAGAAAUCACAUUAUUUUAAACCUUUAAUCUCAACCUGACAUAACUGAAACCAACCUGAGACCUAACAGAACUUAACAGAAAGAAGGCACCCAUUGGCUGGCUCAGCUGCCGUGCUGCAGUCCACGUGUCCUAUCAUCCAAUCAGCUUCCUGCUCUUAUGCUGUCCACCGUUCCUCCAGCCAAUCACAAUCUCACUCCCAGCUGUCACUCAACUGACUCUCACCUCGCUCCUAGCUGCCUCUCACCCCUCCAGCCUGCAGCUGUGCCUUUCCCAUGGGGCCUUCUGGAGAGCAUAAGCCUUAAUCACUUUAAUAAUCAUUACCCCAUAUCCUACAUCUCCCCCCCCCAUCCCCCCCGCUCUUUUUUAUUAAGCAAUGAAAACUUACUAGGAAAAACCUAAGCAAUUCCUAAGACAUUAGUAACAGUGACACAAUAAUAACUUACAGCUUUUCAAAAACUGUAACAUAGGCUUCUCUGGUGUGAGUAGUAACACUUAACAGAAACAUAAUUCAGUUUUGAAUGAAAUUAACAAGGUGAAGCUUACAUCUGCCUAUAUGCUUUGCUAUCACCCAGGAUCUCCCAAGAGCCUUCUUUUCACAAUGAGGACUUGGAAAGUCUCUUCUGGAUGAAGCUUUCCUGUUUACCUCAAAGGGGUCUAGAUUUUGCAAAGCUAGUGGGUCUUAUUUUUGAUGUCACCUGGGUUUGAUAGCAAACAUCUGGGUUUGAUAGCAUACUUUUCCUUGCCAGUCGAGGCCAUGGCUUGGCCAGAGCUGUGACCUAGAUUGGAAAGGCUUUCCUAUCAUAUCCUUAAAAGAAAUCUUCAGUAAUAACUCAAGAACAGCUGGCUUUGUCAUAAAUAACUUGUAAAUAACUAUAACUAUGUACAUAUAUAUAGAGCUCCUUUGAAAGUACCAUUUACCUUUUUGUCACAAACAAACCAAUUCAAAACUAUCAAAGGAAACAUCUUUGUCUUAGCCAAGCCUGCAGCCUCCAGGCAGGUUUGCUCCUCUGAGGAAGCAAGGCAGAGGUACAAGGUCCUGGUGGCUUGCAGCAACAACGCUGGGGCUUGCUGUAAGGGUGGCAUGGCAGUGCCUGUGCCAGGGGAGCCACCUGCUCACUGCUGGCAGCCCCGUGCCCCAGAACAGUGUGGUCUGCUCCCCCUGGUUGCCUCUGCUGCUGGUGGCCCUGUGCCCUGACUGCCACUUCUGGUGGAUUUAUGAGACAAGUGUUCUGGUGACAGCCACUGGGCUGACUGUGCUGGUGUUGCUGGGCCACGCUUCAUGAUGUUGCCAUACUUGAUGAGAUGGCAGUCCCUGAUGUGCCUGUGGCUGGCCAUAGGCCACCUGCAGCGAGCUGAGUGCUGUCAGUGUGACCACCAGGCCCACCCUGACCCCGCCCAGCCAGCACUCCCUGGAUGUGUGUCCAAAACCUGGAAGUGCGCAGCUCAAGCCCCUGCCAGACAGUUAAUAUUAUGAGCAGUAAUUCCCACAUUUUGGCAUGCUCUAACCAUAUCUGCUAUAUCACAAGUACAUAGGUUACCAGCAGUGAGCAGUGCUUUGUUCCAGUCGUCCGCAUUUGUAAAUGCAAGCUGCUGCAGCAGAAUAAGGCCAGAGUUAUUCUGUGUUCUGGUCUCAUCAUCGUUGACUUGCCAGGAGAGUGUGGCAUGCAGUCUGUCCAGGAACUGUGCAAACAACUUCGCUGGACCUUGUAAAAUCUCAGCAAAAGACAUAUUAGAGUUGAUACCCAUCCCUGGGAGUCGCUGCAAGGCCUGCAGGGCUAGGUGAGUGAUAAUAUCACAUCACAGGGGUAGGCUGCCUGCACUGCAGAGAUUGCAAAGGGACCCUCUGCAGUCAGCGGCCCAAUGGCGACUGGUGCAUUUCUAUCCUGCAGCGCUUCCCCCUGGGUUGUACACAGCUCAGUAAUCAGUUAGCCUGACUACAAACUGCAUCACUGUUAGAAUCAUCUUCCUUGUGCUUUUCCAGUCAUAGAGUGUGAGGAUGUGUGCAGUACUGAUAGACUCAAGGUAGAUAGGGCACCAUGGGAGAAUAUGACACUUUCUUUUACUAGCACCCUUAGUUCUUUACUUUACAGUCUAGCUCUUGUUACGCUGGGUGUUGGUUCAGUGCAUGUAUUGCUGAGCAGGCUGAAAUGACCUCCAAGUCGCCCUCCUUCAUGGUGGUUUCCCAGCUUUGCUGCCAAUGCUGGACUACUGCUCUGCCAUCUUGGGCCGGGAGUGAGUCUGCCACCUGCUCGUGAUGUGGGAGUUGCGCACCAAAGGGGCCAGAACACAGGGAAUUUUAUCGGGGUAAGACAGCUCUGUGGGGCUUGGGUUAGUCUCAGGAUAAGGGAAUUCAGCAGGGUUUGGGUCCAUCUUGGGGUCAUAUAUGGGUUUGGGGGAAUUAACUUCCAAAGCCGUGUAAUGGCCAACAUUUGCGUGACUUCCUUUAAUGGCUGCCAUGGUUGCCUCCCAUGUAGCAAGGUGCCUGCAAGCCAUCCCUAGUGAUAUCAAAAAGUCUCUGCCCUAUUGCUUGCCAGGUUUCUGAUUAAAGGCACCCACUAAAGGGAAAAUCUGUAACUUGAUUAGACACCCAGUCCAGCAGGGUGCUUAGUUUCACAUCAGCCAUAUUAAUAGAUUGUUGAUGUAGGAGCUGCCUGACCUGGCCCAAGCUCCUGCUUUGUUUCAAGGAUAUUCCACCUCCCAUACUUUCUCCCACUGGUCUCCUCACCCUCCCAGUGAGGUGCACACACUUUAAAUUCCAGAGUUCCUUCCCAAACGCUUCCUGCAUCCUGCCUGGCCAGUUCCUUGAUCUAGUGGGACCUUUAUAGGUCCCUGUUUGGGCCAGCCAGCAGUGGGAACAAAUGACACAGACCCCCUUAUGCAUCCAAAGGAGAUUGUUUUAUUGUAGAAAUUGGCCCUUUUUUAUACCUUUAAUCUCAACCAAACAGAAACCUGACAUAACUGAAACCAAACUGAGGCCUAACAGAACUUAACAGAAUGAAGGCACCCAUUGGAUGGCUCAGCUGCUGUGCUGCUGUCCACGUGUCCGGUCAUCCAAUCAGCUUCCUGCUCUUACGCUGUCCGCCCGUUCCUCCAGCCAAUCACAAUCUCACUGCAUGUUCCUUCAGCCAAUCACAAUCUCACUCCCAGCUGUCACUCAGUGUCUCUCUCCUCCCCCCUCAGCUGACUCCCACCCCUGCAGCCUGCAGCUGUGCCUUUCCCAUGGGGCCUCUGGGGAGCAUCAGCCUUAACCACUUUAAUUACCCCAUGUCCUACAUCUUGUUAACUCUCUGUAUUGUCAAUGUACACGCCCAACUUGAGUUAAUCUUUAUUUGGCAUUAUUUGAGAUAGAUAAAAAUUGAGUAUCAUAACUUUCUGAAGAGAAAACCCAUCAAAAGGAUAAAAGUAACUGUGGCUUGUUGCUGCCUGGAAGUGAUAGUUUCUUGCUAUAGCAGUCUUGGGGUAGAAGCUGAUCAUGGCUCUUACAUAACAAGCCCUUAGCACAGCAUAACUUACCUGGAGGAAGGGAAACAACUACAUCUCAAAAUCAACUAGAGCUUAAUUUAAAAAUGGCCCUAGAAAUGUUGGAGACACAUCUGAGUAGAAGUAGUUUUGUUGUCUCGAGGCAUUAUUAAUGUUUGGUUGAGUAGUCAAAAGCUGCUUGAUUGCCAAACCCUGACCCAAAAAGUUUUUAAUGACUGUAGCUGUGGUUCUUACCAAUGUAGUUUUAUCAGUAUAAUUGCUAAUGUGACCACAAUUAUACUGGCAUAUAAAUGUGCCUUGUACGUGUCCCCUGCUAGUAGAAGCACAUUUUUAUCUUUAUAACUGUGUUCAUACCACUGGUGUAAUCUGGCUUUAAUGCUGCAAGAAAAGCUGGCAUUUACUGAGAGGAUUUAUGUGCAUUAGUCAGGAUUCCUUCUUGGGACACAGCUUCACCAUUUGCAGGAGUCUUGAAUUCAGCGUCUGGUUUCUGCCAGUACUUGUGUGUGGAGCUGUGCUUGGUUGGGAAUGCUGCUUAGGAGGAAGAAAUACAAAGAUGAGUAGCAGAGUGGUGAUGUGUUGAGGAGGUACCUUGGGCUGACUUAAAGAUUCAUGUUGAAGUGGAACUUUUAGGACUAAAUGGGGCUUUUUUGUUUUUGUUCCUUUUUUCUGAAAAAAAAGCAGACCAAAUCCCAUAGUACACUUGUAUACUAAUAAAACCAUUUAGAUGUUUGAUUAGAAUUUUUUUAAUUGGGGAAUUUUUAUUGCAUUUUAAUCUUUGUUUCUCAAUCAAACUGCCCACCAGGACAGGGCAAGUAUAAAUAAUAUUUUUUAAAAAUGCCCUGUAUUCUACAGUGUUUUAAGAUGUGACCAAAAGUGUAGAUUUCUUAACUUUAUUUAAGCAAAUACACAGAAUGUUCUAGCUCCUGUAACAGGCAGGGGGGUGUUUGAUGGUAGCUGCUGCUGUUACAGAGUGUUGUGCAUGAUUUAGUGUGAAAGUUACUCACAUAUAACUGUCACAUGGGGCUGUCCUCCCCAGAAUUGCCCAUUUCAGAAACAACGUAGAUUGCAAUUUUGGUUCCAACUUGUCUUUUUAAACAGCUUGACAAGUGAGGGUGAGUAGUGAGUUUUAGUUUUUAGGAGUUUAGUAGAAUGUAUUAUGGUUAUAACUUAUUUGGUUUUAGAGUGUUGCACAGUGAAGGCUAAUGAUAGGAUAUGAAAGUAUUAAUCUUUUAGAAGAAAGGUUUAAAGAAAAGUGACAUUCCUUUUGUUGUCUGCAUUCAGAUUUUGAAGUUUCCUUGUGAUGACCAGUUUUCUGUACAUGUGUAUGAUACUUCUGUCUUAACUGUUCCUGCUUGCUGGAUGAGCUGCAAGUAUCACAUACAGUUGUUAAGAAUGAGCAUUUAGAAAAUUGGCUGGAUUGAGGGGCAUGUACUGUCAUUGUAAACUGUGGAUGCAAAACUUGUGCAGUUCAGUCGUGGUUAGGAGCUGCUGUGUGGUGGCUCUUUUGGCUUGCUUGAGAUUAAUGGUGGUCCCUCAGUACACUUUCUGGGGCCACAGAGGCCUGCAUUUCAGAGCUGUGCUUUGGGAGGAGACAGCUGUCCCUCUGCUCUUCAAGAAGCCCUUCUAGAAUGCAGUGGAGUCAUUUGAGUGCAGUAGUAUGUAGGAAGCUUAACCCUGCUGCUGUUUGUAAUUGCUGCAUAAUGCAGUUGGUCUCCAGGCCUGUUUGUCUAAAGUCAGUCAUAGGCAGUAAAUGGAAAUUUUAAGUAGAACUAUAGUAUAUUUUUAAUUCCAUAAACUCAUUAUUAUGAGACAGUUUAACACUGCAAAAUUAAUUUUUUUUAGUCGCUCUAUGACUCUCAAUACCAGAGGAUUACUUCAACUUGAUCUGUGAAUCAAUUAAGUGUUUAAAUGCCUAAAGAAGGGGAAGUUUCUGCAACAUUGUUAAAGUGAUACAGUGAGAAGUAAAACUACAUGGAGUUCUUUGGUUCAGCGAAUUAAAUCAUCAAAUCUGUGUUCUGGAAGCAGGAAUAAUGCCAGACAAAUUAGAAAGGGAAACUUCAAUAUUGAAAUUCCAAUAUAUUGGAAUUGUUAUAUACAGAACAAAGUCUGGCCUUGGAACUUGAUGUUUUCUGUCUUGAAUACUCAGUCACUUGAAUGUGUAGCUAUUCAGUGAGGCUUGGUGUGUGCUGGAAGGUUAAACAAAAGCAUUUCUUUACUCUAGAAUGACUUGCAGAUUUAUUGAGUUGACCAGAGAAGUAAUUCAGAGUUUUCUUAAAGCUUUGCUUUCCUCAUGCCUUUACCCAAGCAUGACGUUUUAGGAAAUAGCAAGCCCAAACUUAAGAACUUUGGGCUUGAGCUGCGCCUCAUCAAGGGGGAUGUCCCAUUCUCUCUGGCCCUUGCUUGUGGAGAAGCUCCUGUCUGUGCAGGCCUAGACACGAUAUGAAUUAGGUUCUUUGAUUUGAGUAUGAAAUACUGCAGAAAGAAUCAAUGAAAGUGGCUUGUGAUUUCCCUGUCCCGUCCAGACUUUUUCUUAGGGGAGAAAGAGCACAUUCAUCUUACCCAGGGCUCUUCAACAAAUUGCCCUAUGGUGAAGUGCUAGGUUUCUGAAGGCUCCAUUUUCUCUCAUGUGUGCUGUGAGGACCAGAAAGAGUGAAAUGAGUGUAACGAAGAAAGGGAGCCCAAGAAGGAUGCUGAGAUCACAGAUUCCAUCUUUCUGUUCAUUCUUUUGCUACUCUAAUGCUUUGUAGUUAUCUCCAUACAAACCAGUCUAGGCUUAGUACAGUUAACACUCUAGUAUUGGGCUGGUAUUUUGUGGGUUAACCUGAUUUUCAGUGCUGGCUUUGCCAUUUAUCUUUCAGUUCAAUACCAUGGCAUCCUGGAUACCGUGGGGAGGAGCCUUUGGUAGUUGCUUGAUAUCUCCAUGUGGAAUUGAUCACUUCUCUCACUAAGUUGUGUCAAAGUGCAGACCACUUGUCUAGAUAAAAGCAUCUUGAGACUUUGGCAUCAUGCAGUUUAAGAGUGAAUCACAUUUUCAUAGUAAGGUCUGACUGGAAAAAAAAAAGAGACUAAAAAAUGUUAAGCCAGAGCCCUCUGGGAAUCUGGUGCCUUUAACAAAAACUGUCAUUUUGUAAAAUGUCAUAUCUAUAGCAUAGCCCGUAUGUUUUCUAUUGGUUUUUGUUUGGUUUUUUUUGUACAGAUGUAAAUUCAAAAUAUGCUGUCUUUGGGUACGUAUUUUCAGUGUAAUACAGUAUGUAUAAUAAAAAAUUUAGAUUUUCUAAGG